GACUCCUUCGUCGAGGCCAUCUCCGUCAGAAACUUGGGCGUUGCCAAGACUGGGCCGGUGGUUGAGGACCGUGGCAGCCUCCUGCUGGAGUACGUGAAUGGCUCAGCCUGCACCACCAGCGACGGCAGGCGGACCCGCUACGCCACCAGGAUCCACCUCGUCUGCUCCAGGGGCAGCCUGAACACCCAUCCCAUCUUUUCUCUCAACUGGGAGUGUGUGGUCACUUUCCUGUGGAAUACAGAGGCUGCCUGUCCCAUCCAGACCAUGACUGACACAGACCAGGCUUGCUCUAUAAGAGAUCCCAACAGUGGAUUUGUAUUUAAUCUCAACCCACUAAACAGUUCUCAAGGAUACGUGGUCUCGGGCAUUGGGAAGACUUUCGUGUUUAAUAUCUGUGGCACGAUGCCGGUCUGUGGGACCGUCGAUGGAAAGCCGGCUUCUGGCUGUGAGGCAGAAACCCAGAUAGAAGACCUAAAGAAUCUGAAGCCGGAAAGACCAGUUGGAUUCGAGAAAAGCCUCCAGCUGUCCACAGAGGGCUUUAUAACUCUGACCUACAAAGGGCCUCUUUCCACUGCCACAGGCACUGCUGAUGCUUUCAUCAUCCGCUUUGUUUGCAAUGAUGAUGUUUACCCAGGAACCUCAAAAUUCCUGCAUCAGUACAUCAGCUCUGGGCAGGGCAUCCGCAACACUUUCUUUGAGUUUGAAACUGCGUUAGCCUGUGUCCCUUCUCCAGUGGAUUGCCAAGUGACCGACCCAGCUGGAAACGAGUAUGAUCUCAGCGGCUUAAGCACAGUCAGGAAGCCUUGGACUGCUGUUGACACCUCAGAUGAUGGAAAAAAGAGGACUUUUUACCUGAGCGUCUGCAAUCCUCUGCCUUACAUUCCCGGCUGUGGUGGCAGUGCAGUGGGGUCCUGCUUGGUAUCAGAAGACAACAGCUGGAACCUGGGGGUGGUACAGAUCAGUCCACAAGCCGCGGCCAAUGGGUCCCUGAGUAUCGUGUAUGUCAAUGGAGACAAGUGUGGGAACCAGCGUUACUCCACCAGGAUAACGUUCGAGUGUUCUCAGAUAGCGGGAUCACCAACGUUUCAGCUCCUGGAUGACUGUGAGUACGUGUUUGUCUGGAGAACGGUGGAAGCCUGUCCUGUUGUCAGAGUGGAAGGAGACAAUUGCGAGGUUAAAGACCCACGGCACGGCAAUGUGUAUGACCUGAAGCCUCUGGCCCUCAAUGACACCGUCGUGCUUGCCGGCGAGUACACCUACUACUUCCGGGUCUGUGCGAAGCUCUCCCCAGGCAUCUGCCCCACCAGUGACAGGUCCAAGGAGGUGUCAUCCUGUCAGGAAAAGCGGGGACCGCAGGGAUUUCAGAGAGUGGCAGGUCUCCUUACUCAGAAACUGACUUAUGAAAAUGGGUUGUUAAAAAUGAACUACACUGGGGGGGACACUUGCCAUAAGGUGUACCAGCGCUCUACAACCAUCUAUUUCUACUGCGACCGCAGCACCCAGAAGCCAGUAUUUCUAAAGGAGACCUCAGAUUGUUCCUACUUGUUUGAAUGGCGAACACAGUAUGCCUGCCCACCUUUCCAAGUGACCGAAUGUUCAUUCAAAGACACAGCGGGAAAUCCCUUCGACCUCUCAUCCCUGUCAAGGUACAGUGACAACUGGGAAGCCAUCACCAGGACAGGGGCCACCGAGCACUACCUCAUCAACGUUUGCAAGUCUCUGUCUCCACAGGGUGGCACUGAGCCCUGCCCUCCUGAGGCGGCGGUGUGUCUGCUGAAUGGCUCCAAGCCCUUGAACCUGGGCCAGGUGAGGGAUGGGCCGCAGUGGAGAGAUGGCAUAACCAUCCUGAAGUACGUUGACGGCGACUCGUGUCCAGACCAGAUUCGGAAAAGGUCGACCACCAUCCGAUUCACCUGCAGCGAGACCCAAACGAACUCCAGGCCCAUGUUCAUCAGUGCCGUGGAGGAUUGUGAGUACACCUUCUCCUGGCCCACGGCCGCUGCUUGUCCUGUGAAGAGCAACGUGCAUGACGACUGCCAGGUCACCAACCCUAGCACAGGACACCUGUUCGAUCUGACUUCCUUAAGUGGCAGAACUGGGUUCACGGCUGCGUACAGCGAGAAGGGGCUCGUCUUCAUGAGCAUCUGCGAGGAGAAUGAGAACUGCUCUCCCGGAGUGGGGGCCUGCUUCGGACAGACCCGGAUCAGUGUGGGCAAGGCCAACAAGAGGCUGACCUACGUGGAUCAGGUCUUGCAGCUGGUCUAUGAGGACGGCUCCCCUUGUCCCUCCAAAUCGGGCCUGAGCUACAAGAGUGUCAUCAGCUUUGUGUGCAGGCCCGAGGCCAGGCCGACCAACAGGCCCAUGCUCAUCUCACUCGACAAGCAGACCUGCACUCUCUUCUUCUCGUGGCACACACCUCUGGCCUGCGAACAAGUGACGGAAUGUUCUGUGAGGAAUGGAAGCUCUAUUAUUGACUUGUCCCCUCUCAUCCACCACACCGGUGGUUAUGAAGCAUACGACGAAAGUGAGGACGAUGACUCCGACACCGACCCUGACUUCUACAUCAACAUUUGCCAGCCGCUUAACCCUAUGCAUGGGGUGGCUUGUCCUGCUGGUUCUGCUGUGUGCAAGGUUCCCGUUGAUGGUUCCCCAAUA